AUGAGUGAAUAUUUAGCUAUAGCAAUUUUUAUCUGCGUGUCAAUUAUACUAUCUCUUGCUUUGGGUGUAUUGCCUAUGUUUCUUGCAAUAAGCAAACCAGAUAGUGAAAAACUUUCUACAUAUGAGUGCGGUUUUAACCCUUUAUCAAGAGCAAGAAAAAAUUUUGACAUUAAGUUUUAUUUAGUUUCAAUAUUAUUUAUGAUAUUUGACUUAGAAAUUGCUUUUCUUUUUCCUUGCGCUAUUUCUUUACCUAAAAUAAGCUAUUGUGGAUUUUGGUCUAUGAUGAUAUUUCUUGCAAUACUUACUGUAGGUUUUAUCCAUGAGUGGUGUAAAGGUGCAUUAGAAUGG